AAUGUUAUACGCAUGCGUUACUUUCAUGUUAUUUCAAGUUUUGAAACCUCGUGGCGCACGUAAUAAAUAUAAAUUCAACUUAUUUUCAAUACAUUUUCCUAAUUCGGGUAUUUAUUCUUGACUGUGAAAUGAAUGAAGAUAGUUGUUCACUUGAAUUAGAACUUCCACAAGAAACAAUGAUGGCAGUUGACUCUAAUCUUUCUGUUGAAAAGCAUUUUUUUGCCACAUAUGCCGAUGUUUGCGCAAAAAUUAAAGAGCAUGAAAUGUUGCACACAUUGCAUUAUGUUGUAACUUGCUCAGGAACCAUGGAAAAUAACUUUGAAGAAUUAUUAAAAAAAAAAACAUAAAGUGUUUUACAAGGACAAGGAAUUUCCAUACACUGGAGUACCAUUUAUUGUAUCAGCUCUAACAAAACUUGACUGUCAACAUGGAAAAGACAGAAAUAUUAAAGCAAAAGCUCAAUACAGACAAAUGAGAAAUAAUAAAGCUAGUACCGAUCAUUACUGUCAAAAAAGUAGAGUUAUUCUUCAGGAUACUAAAAAGUUUGAUUGUCCUGCCAUUGUGUAUAUAAAAGAAAUUGUAGAGUUUCCAGAGUUUAAGCUUUUAAGAAAUUCUUUAAGGUUAAGAAAUGAAACAUCUAAAAAACUCAGUGUAUCCUUAGCUAAGUCAGAAAAUGUACAUAAGUCCAGAAAGUAUAUUUUAUUAUUGCCUGAUAUUUCUGUUCAUAGGAACCAUCCAGUUGGUGAGACUGCAGGAAUCAAUCAAUCUAUUUCUGAUGAUCUCAUAGUAAAAAUUGGUGACCUGGUAAAAAAGGGUGUCAAUACUAUUUCUGAAAUGAGGCGACAUCUAGAGUUUUUUGUUCAUGGAGAAAUUACUUCUGACAAACCACAAAAGACAAACAAACGUUUCUUUCCAAUGGAUAAGACAAUUCGAAAUCGUAUGCUCAAUGCAAGAAGAAAACUUCGUAGAUCUAUGAUAGAUCAAGAAUGUUUGCUUGAAAAAAAUUAGUGAAUGGAAAAUAGUCUUUCAUGAGGCAAUGAUAAAAUUUAGACCAAAAGGUGUCAACAUCAUUGAUUAUAUUGAUUCAAAGCUUAAGGAUUCAUUAUUGUUCGUAUAUCAAGACAUGUGGCAGAAAAGAUUACUCUUACGGUAUGGACCUGAACUAGUUUUUCUUGAUGCAACAUAUCGCACAACUAGAUACGCUCUUCCACUAUUCUUUCUGGUUGUUAAAACUAAUAUUGAUUACCAGGUUGUUGCCAUUUUUGUGUGUGAGAAUGAGACCACAGACGCCAUCACAGAAGCAUUAAUGUGCAUUAAGGAAUGGAACCCUAAAUUUCAACCAAAAUAUUUCUUAACUGAUUAUUCAAAUGAAGAAAUAAACUCAUUAGAAUCAGUGUUUCCAGGGUGUUCUGUUUUAAUUUGUGACUUUCAUCGAGAGCAAUCUUGGGAACGAUGGCUUUCUAAAACUGCUAAUGGUUGUUAUAUGGUAAAAGAUGCAAUUAAGUUAAAACUACAUCAAAUUGCUCAUGCUAAAACAGAAGAAGUUUGCAAAAAUGCUGUUAAUUCAUUAAAAGAAUCAGAAGAGUGGAAAAAUAACCCAAAACUAGCUGAUUACUUAAAUAGCACUUGGUUAUGUAAUGAAAAGAGAUGGGUGUUUGCCUACAGGCGACAACGCUUAUUGCAGAGUAUCAAUACUAAUAAUGGCACUGAAAGACAAAACCAAUCUUUUAAAUAUAGUUUUUUGGAAAAAUGGAAAACAUCAUCUCUCACAGCUAUGCUUUGUAUUUGUAUUGAGGAAUUCCUUCCUCACAAUUACGACAACUAUGCAGAUAAAAAUAGAAGAACACAUUCAUCCUAUAGAAAAUAUAAAGAAAACAUUCCAACCUAUUUGACAAAUCGUCCAAAACCUUUAGUAAAACAUUGCAUGAAUAUGAUAGAUAAAGUAAAUGGUGUGGACUCAAUCAGAAUUAGUGCAGUAACAAACAGAUUGUACAAUGUAGCCUCAUUUCAGUCUAAUAGCAGAGAAACUUACCAAUGCUAUCUUGGUGAUGCUGAUCAUUUGCCAAGUUGUACUUGCUCUUCUUGGCUAUUUAGUGCUUAUCCAUGCAAACAUUUUUUUUCCAUUUUUCUCAAGUUCAAUCUUUCCUGGUCUGAUUUUGAUCCAUCUUAUGGAAGUUCACCAUAUUUUAUCAUUGAUCCCUUAUCAGAUGAAAAUAAUCAUUCAACAACGUUUCAUUUUACACGUUUGCCUACUGAAGAUAUAUCUGAAAAUAUCAAUGAGAAGCCUCUUGAUAAUGCCAAACCUUGGGAAGUGUCUAAAUAUAAUCUUCAGGCAGUCAAAAGUGUUCAUUCCAUAAAUAGUAAAGUCUUGUACUUUGAUCAAAGUAAAAAACAUGGUCAAUCACAAGUAAGUCACACUCCUGCUGCAUGUCGCGAACUUUUAAAUGCAAUAAUAAACAUGACACAUUUGAGUGACUCUCAACCAGCAAUAAACAAUUUGUUUCAAGAACUUCAUAAACUUAAAACAAGUUUUGGAGAAACUCUUAAAAGAGAGCAAGGUGUUAUUUUGUGUCCUGACCUAAAACCUGAAACUUGGAUUAAAUCUAAUUUACCAAGUCUUGUUAAUCUUCCCGUAAGACGCAAAAGGAAGUUGACCAAAAGAGUUGGUAUAAAACACGACAUCACUAAGGCAGCUUUAAAUAUCAAUGUGACACCAAAUGUAAAUAAUGGAUGUUGUAGUUCAGAGAUUUUUACUGAUGUUAUUGAUGAUAAUUGUGAAACAUUUACAGUUUCCAUGGAAUCAAUUGAAGUGACAGGAGAAGCAUUUGAUAAUUGCCAAGAAUUCCACAAAGUCAACAUAGUUAAUGAUAAUGACAAACUUCAAAGCACUGUGCACUGCAUUCAGAAUCUUAAAUGCUCCUUGAUCCAAAAUGUUGAAAAAAAUGACAUAGUUAAAGGAGAAAUGCUAAACGAUAAUGUCAUACACUUUUGUCAACGAAUGAUGUCAAUUCAAUUUAAUGUAUCAUCUUUUUGUAAUUACAUUUUGUACUUAAAAUAAUGUUUUUAUAAUUAUUGUUAUAACCUUUUAGAAUUGAAGAAAAGGGAAGAAGCUUUGUCUUCAGAAGAGUUGGAGCCGACUCGCUCAAGAUCAUGUGGAUCAAAAUAAAAAUUGAAGAAAAGGGAAGAAGCUUUGUCAUCAGAAGAGUCGGAGCCGACUCGCUUAAGAUCAUGUGGAUCAAAGAAAA